AGCCAUGCUGAGGAGCUGCACCGCGGCACUGCGCACGCUCCAGGCCCUGCGCGGCAGGCGGGAAGGCGUGUCCCCGGCAGCGAGGGACCCGGUACUCGCGCGGAGGUGGUUUUCUACAGAGAAAGUCAUUCCUAAGGACCAUGCUCUCCCCAACCCCAGCUGGAGCAAGGACUUAAGACUCCUCUUUGACCAGUUCAUGAAGAAAUGUGAAGACGGCUCCUGGGAACGUUUGCCUUCAUAUAAAAGUAAAUAUACUCAAAAGAGUGAAGAUUUCAAAACCUAUUUUCUUGACUCAAAGCUUGUGAAAGAACAACUGUCACAGGCCCAGCUCUUCACCAGAGGCUAUGAGGAUGGCCUGGGCUUUGAAUACGUGAUAUUCUAUAAUGAUGAUGAGAAAAGGACAGUUUGCUUGUUUCAAGGAGGUCCUUAUCUGCAAGGGGUACCUGGAUUCCUUCAUGGAGGUGCCAUUGCAACAAUGAUUGAUGCUGCUGUUGGUAUGUGUGCAGCUAUACCUGGGGGAAUUGUCAUGACCGCCAAUCUCAACAUCAAUUUUAAAAGACCUAUCCCCCUCUGUUCUGUUGUUGUGAUAAAUAGCCAACUUGAUAAAAUUGAGGGGAGGAAAUUGUUUCUUUCUUGUAAUGUUCGAAGUGUUGAUGAGAAGAUCCUGUACUCAGAGGCAACAGGCUUAUUUAUAAAGCUGGAUCCUGAAAAAAGUUUGAUAUAAAAGAGCUUCUGGUGAAUUCCACACCAAUCUGCGUAAGGCUGUCCCUCCUCCAGAAGAAGCAGUUGUCUUCAGUCCUGUUCUACUCACCCACUGUUGAAUCCCCCAUCGGGUGAAGCCUGCUAACACGGACCUUCCUAAACAAGUCUUUUGAAUACAAUUCCAGGAGCUCCAUUUCCACUUUCCAAACUUUUUUACACAGAGACACUCCCUGUGAGAGUAUCAACAGUUCUUUCUGUCUCCUUAGGAUAAGUGUCUGGUUCUCCUAAAAUUUGAAUGGGCUCCUUAAGUUUGCAUAGGUGUGAUGUCUGACCCAUUGCAUUCUGGAGAAAAAAGUCAUAUUGAAACUUUUACCACAAACCUGGAAAUGCCAGAAAACCAAAGGAAGGAAUAAAUAUGUGGGUGCACGAAUAUGUGUGUAUGUGUGUGUGUUGUGUGUGUGUGCAUUAUAAAUUACAAAACCAGCUUUGUUGUAUCUAAACAAAUCUUUUUGGCUACAGUAGGAGACACAACUAGUUCCUAUAGGAUCGGAUACCUCACAUCUGUUGUCUUGGAUUCUAAGGAUUAAACUACUGUGCCAUUUUAA